ACCAAAAACCUCUUAUUUUUGUUUUCCAGCUCUUAUCCAUAUGUGUAAAUGUGCAUCAUAUAUAUGGAGAGAGUUCAACCAAUAUUUUAGACAACAAAAUAAACCUUCACAAACUUAGCCAAAGUUCAAGAUUCAAGAUUCAAGAUUCAAGAUUAGAAAAUGAGUUCAACAAGCAAGGCAUGGGUUACAGCAGUGAGCUUGGGAGUAGUAGAGGCACUAAAAGAUCAAGGAAUCUGUAGAUGGAAUUACACAAUCAGAGUCAUACAUCAACAUGCAAAGAACAAUGUAAGGUCAUAUUCACAGGCCGAGAAGCUCUCUUCUCACUCUUCUUCUUUGGUUUCUGCAAACAAAGAUCCAUUGAAGGAGAAGGUUAAGCAAUCUGAGGAGUCUCUUAGGAAAGUCAUGUAUUUGAGUUGUUGGGGUCCCAAUUGAAUCCUAAUAAACAGCUAGAUUUAGUGUUA